CACACCAGCAGGAGCGAACCACCGGCAUUACCCAAUUUAUUUGUCUCCCCAGUCUGCGAAGAUGCCCGUACACAGUCUGGUUUCUUUGGAUCCUCACGUUCCUGAAGUGCUCCGUCAUGUUUCCAUAUUACAGUGAAAGCGUGGCACUGUCAGACACCAUGCUGCCAACAUCACUUUAUACAAUGGUACAAAGUUCUCCGGCUUUCCACAAACAGAAGACCCUCCCUUCAUAAGCCCUGAAAUAUCCAAAACAUGGGAUCACCUUUGGCAGCGCUAUAUAUGCUUAAAGAAAUGGCCUGUAAUUUACGGCUCCCUGCACUGGAUGUAUAGAGUCGGUAAAUCAGAAUAACUGCAGAUUUGGAGGUUUUUAUGAGGCAAUAUGUUACGUUUCUCUACAGUAAAAUUAAUCCAGCUCCUGUUUUUAUUCACAGACUUAGGUCAUUUUUUCUCUUUGGCUUCUUACCUACGAGGCUGGCGACUGAGAUGUAGGUGAUGGACAGUUAAAAUGGCCUCAUGGGAGAGAAUGUGGAUUUCAGCUAUGGAGGUUCAAGUCAGAGUAGUUUUAUAGGCCUCACAGCCACAACGCUGCCAUGGUGACCUGCCUCCGCCAGUGGUGGGUCAAGUGGACAAAUCCUGCAUUCCAUGACGGGUCCAGGAAGCAGUGAGCAGUGGAGACUUGGGCACAAAUGGAAUGGCAGUGGUGGGGGAUCAGUGAAUGGAGGAUAUGCUCAGUAUAAUCUGAAGAAGAGCCUAUUGGGAAUUGAAGAGAUGGCCAGCACCGUCCUAGAGGACAGAGAGCAUUUCCUUGGCCAUGUCAGGAAUCCGGUGACGCCUGAUGAGUACAUGGGUUCUUAUGAGGGCGCAGACGACGCAGAAUACACACAUAACAGGUCUACCCAUUAUUGCACCUCCAUAUCUUUUUGUGUGAAUGGGGCUCGCUCUUCCAGUCGGAUCAAGCAGGAGGGUCCCUCCGACUUCUCUCAUCUAUCAGCGGUAUCUCGGCACUCGGGCAUCUCAGAGUUAAGAGCAUCUCUGCUGCCUGACACAGCGGUGACACACAAUGGAUUGAAGCAGUGUCUGUCAUCGUACUUUAUAGACACCACACACAGCACUUUCCCAGGCUCACUGUCGGCCACCAGCAAUUCUACCUCUGCCCAGCAUCAGUCUGGUGGAAGACGAGGAUGUUCCACUGACAGUGUUGAAAUAGUGGGCAUUAUUCACUCGGCUCACACAUCACUGCCACCUUGUGUGAACAGGAUUUGCGUUUCCCCUUCUAGAACACAAUUUAAUUCUGGGGGGGUUCCUAACUGCAGCCCACCCAAAGCAUCCCAACCUGACGGACUUUGUGGAUUACCCUCCUCUGCUCAGUGCCUGCUUCCUAGUACUGAAGGGUAUGACCUGAAAUCUCCCGAGCAGGUAAACGUGCCCUGUUCAGAGGGUAGCGCCAAUCUCUUUCUAAACGCAAUUCCCAAUGACUGUAGUAAGCUCAACUUCCUGAAGCAAGAGCCAGAAGACAACUAUCCACAAGGACUACUUUCUCCUCUUCAUCUUUCGCUCCCAAUGUCCCCAAAGAUGAUUUCUCCCGAUGAACGGGAUGAACUUGGAACAGAGAGGAGGCAGCUAUGCCACUGGAUAGACUGCAGUGCCUUUUAUGACCAGCAGGAGGAGUUAGUGAGGCACAUUGAAAAGACUCACAUUGACCAGCGCACAGGAGAGGAUUUCACGUGUUUCUGGGCCGGUUGUACCAGACGGUUCAAACCUUUUAAUGCCCGGUAUAAACUUCUCAUUCACAUGAGGGUACACUCUGGGGAGAAGCCAAAUAAGUGUAUGUUCGAAGGCUGCAAUAAGGCAUUUUCCAGGCUGGAAAACUUGAAAAUUCACCUACGUAGCCACACUGGAGAAAGGCCAUACCUAUGUCAACAUCCUGGCUGUCAAAAAGCUUUUAGCAACUCCAGUGACAGAGCGAAGCACCAGCGAACUCACCAAGAUACGAAGCCGUAUGCCUGUCAGAUACCGGGCUGCUGUAAACGUUACACAGACCCAAGCUCACUACGGAAACACGUGAAGGCUCACACGGUAAAGGAGCAACAGAUGCGCAAUAAGGUGCAACAUACACUGGACGGGAAAUGGGCAAAAACCAUCACAAACGAGAUCAUGAAUGGCGCAAGACCAUGUGACAUGCUGACAGGAUUGUAUGACCUGUGCUCUAAUAACCAGAACAUGGCUAAUCCGGGCGUAAUGUCACCCACGUCUGCGGUUUCGUCCCGGUGCCCUGCUUUGGAGUCUCCUACCAACUGUCUGCUAUCUGUCCCUGAGAGGACUUUAGAGAGGAUGUCGCCACAUGUUCUCGGCCACCUAGCCAGCCCUAUGAAGUCUACAGCCUCAUCUUCAUUACUUCACCGAGGAUCCUCUCCCGGUUGUCACCGCAAAUCUCACCACGGAGAGCAGAGUUUACUGGGGAAAAAUUACCGCACAUUUCAGAGUCCCACAGCUCCUCAAAUGCAAGAAUUUCAAGGCAGUUUUGUGCAGUACCCUGAAUGCUACAGAGAGACACUGGAUCCAGACCGAUACCAUGGUCCAGGCACACAGAACACUGGGUACGAGUUACACAACGCCAGCACAGACGGACAUUGCAUCCCUGAAAAUGGCGCGACCGCCUGUUCCCAAGAAAGAGACUUCUUUCCCAAUGCUGCCUUUGAUCACUGUCUCCCCCAGAUUCCAUCCAUUUACACCGACACCUAGAGCCGCUCGCCACUGUGAUCUACAUGCUGUAAUUUAAAGAAUCUGUCAUUGCGCUAUUGUCUACUUUACGUUCUAUUGUUACCAUCAUCAUCUGCAGUUUUUUUGUCCACGGGGGCAAAUUGGGAACUCGAGGCACUUUGAAAAUGUUACUUUAUAUAAAUAUAUAUAUAUCUAUACACAGUAUAUUUUAUAGUAGGUAUUGUUCACACUUAGUACGUUCCAGCACAGACCUCAUGUAUAUAUGAUUUAUAACCCUUAUAUUAUGUUUUAUACAUUCUAUCUUAAGUGAGAACAUUAAAA